AUGGCUCCCCGCAAGGGCAAUGACGGCCUCGUGACACGGAGUGGAGUUACCGUUCCCCCUGGUCAUGCCCUCGACAGAGUCUCGAAGCCGAAAUCUGCACGUUCCGCCUCGAAGCCGAAACGCGCCCGCGGACGUCCCUUCAAGAUACCGGUCCGAAGUGAUUCGUCAAAUUUCCGACCUGCACUUAUGAAAGGACCCUCUGCUGCCAUGAGCAUGGCGUCUGCGCCACCCAGCGCUCCCCGCAGGCUGUCCAUGCUCGAGGCCCUACCAGUGGAGGUCAUUGAGCAGAUUUUCCUCCACUCGUUGAACCUGAACCUCCCUCGCGCGUCGCCCGCCCUCGCUGCAGCGGUUUCCCGAGAACACAUAUACAACCUGUUGAUCCUCCUUGCCUGUUUCGACGACCAUCCUGAAUGGCCUCGCAGCGUGACAAUCGAGCGCAUCUUCGCUCCGCUGGAAUACACUCCAUUGGAGCCGAAGGCGCGUGCACGAUUACAGGAGGCCGUCUUUCGAUCUCGGUGGUGUACAAUGGAGCGCGUGUGUGAGCAGAUCCCGACCAUCCAAAACUUGACCAUUCACCGACACUGGUUCAAUGCGGGCAUCACGAUGGAACCUGAGCAACAAGCCGCGCUAGAGCGGUUCAUGAAUCGAGAAGACGAUACAGUCCGAAUGUUUAACGGCCAAGGACCUCCAAUGAGAUCGAUUGGGCCCCUCCCAGAAGCAGAGCGGCGACGCAUGGCGCGAAUGCCAGGCCCGCAUCAAUACGAGCUGCACGUUACGCCCAUGCGGAUGAUACAACUAUUCUCGCCAACAUUGAAAGUUCAAUCCACGUUUCCUGCGAUUGGUCUGACCCAUUUCCCUGACCGUCUUGUUCGUGGCCGUUCUACAGGUUUCACGCCCGGGGAUGUAGCCUAUCUGGAAAUGCUACGCAUGUGCUCGAAGAAUUAUUCCUGUCCCGGCAUCCCUUCGCUCACCGUGACAACUGUCAACCGCACCAAUCUCCACGAGGGUGUCAGCAGAGCCAUCAAAUCUCAGAAUUACAACGCGCUUGUCUCGCUGCUCAAAAUUGACGAGUUCAUUUUCCGCUUUCAUGAGUCCAAGUCGGGUCCAGUGUUUUACACCAUUCCUCAAGAUCACUUCCUGGCUGUCACCCGUUUUGGCCGUGAGAAGCCGCACCUCAACUGCGCCUUUUUCGAUGCUCUCAUUCGUGCCUCUGCCGAGUCCAUCCCCCCAAACGCCUCCGAGAUCAUGGCUUGGACGCUGGACAAUGUGCGACUCGGACAACGCCAUCCCAGCAAAUAUAACGAAAUUAAUGGCAAAUUCGCCCGCUGGUUAUCAAAUUUCAUGUUGCGGCUGCCUGAGCAGAUUGAGUUUGUCGGUGAGGAUCCGACCGCGCAGCUGUUUAACUGCGGCAAAUUGGAUUUGCUGGAUAUGGAGGGCUGCCGCUUCUUGGAUGAAGUGCUUGAACCUUUUCAAGGGCCUUAUGAGAAUUAUAUGGGCAAGUCUUCGUUUAAUACGGAGGAUUACUGGGUGAAGAAAAAGUGA